GUUAGGAAAAUAAUUUCCUAAUUUGUCGUUUGCUUUUCAACAUUAAUGUGUUUUUGAAAUAGAGAUGUUUAAAAUUUGGAAGUGGUUGAAUCAAUCUUUUCUUUAAUGGAAAAGGCUUCUAGAGUGUUCUGGAAGGGACUGCAGUGUGUUGGUUAGUACCUUGUAACACAUAUAUCUGUGCUGUUUUGAUGGUAGGAUCAUUGUGUCUGCUAAAUACAUGUUAGCUGUGAACUGGAGAGAAGCGUAUCGUUUGUGUAUUACUUCACUAGUUCAUUUUACCCAGCAUUUCCCAAGUGCCUACUUUGUGGGUGGCAUGGGGGAUGUGGGUGUGCAGGGAAGGAGUCAGCCCUGGCUAGGGGAGGGGACCUAGCUGUGCCUGAAGAAGUGCCAGGUGGUGGUGUGAGGGCAGGGGCACCGCCUGCCUUUUCCUGACUUGUCUGCUUUCUCCCUCCCUUGCCCCUCAAGGACAUCUUUCACCGUCAUUCAGCACUGUGAAUGGGCCAGAGUGCUUUCGGUAUUUGUUUUAAUAGCCUCUUGUUGGGUACCAUAAGUAAGCUCUGAAAUCAGAAGUUUAAAUUCUGUUUUUAUUUAACCAUUUUACCAGAUGUUUCCUGUGGUUUGACAGAUGUACCAUUUACUCGAAAGUUACACUCCUGAGAUUUUGAAUGUUAUGGACACUGUUGCUAUAGACAAUGAUUCUGUCAGGGCAGGAUUUGGAAGACAACUUUCGAAUCAUUUUUGAGUUGAAGAUGUGUGUUUACCCAGAACAGAAAUGCCGGUCUUCAUAAUCCGCUUCUCCUUUCUCUGUUAGCAUCCUGAUCUCCGGUUUAUGAAAGACUGUAAGCUGUUAAUUAGAGUUUGUUCCAAUAAACACUGUUGUGCCUCAGUGGGGAUUACUUUCUGAAAGCAGCCGGACUCCGGUACCUCCAGGUUUUGUUUGCAAAACUCACCUGGGUCAAAACGAACUCAGAUGGUGGGCAGGAGAUGAUUCAAAGUGGGUUGAAAAUCUGGCUUGAUGCCCCUGUUGGUGGGCCCCUUGACGCUGGGGUACUGUCGAUGGAGACGGCUGCAGACAUGGUAGUUUUUUGCACCCACUGAAUGCCCAUGAAGAGAAAAGCAAGUACUGCUGGGGUACCUUUGCCUCCCCCCUGCCCACAGUCAGCGUUUCUCUGCAGCCCGAGUCCUAACAGAAAAGAGCCUCUGAUCCAGGAUUCUGCUGGUGGGAGGAAAGCAGAAGGAAGUUGCUUCCUACGAAACACAAGUGAGACCGAGUUGUGGCUGCAGUGCAGGAAAAAUGGGGAUUUCUGACAUUCCUUCACUGAGGGCCCAGAUGCAAGGGGUGCCAUGGAGGUGCAUGCAUGGUGCCGUCAGGGCUGGCUCCCUUCUCCAGCAACCUUCCUCUCCUGUGUUUUGUUUAGCCUUAUUUAGAGUUUUAUAAAAGCCUUAUGCUAUGGAAGAUGGAGAAACAAAGAAAGAGGAAAUCGCAUGCUAUAAUUCUGACAGCACAUCUAUUUGCGCACGAAAUGGAACUGUAACGAUGCAUGUAACGUUUUGGCAAGACCCCCUCUGUAAAUAAACCCUCCCAGGAGUUACUAACCUAUCCCAGGACCCACAGGAAACUUUUCCUUGCAGUGUGGGGGCAGGCAGGCCCCUUACCUUGCAACUCUCCUCCUAGACGGGGACUCUUAUUCUGACAGGCGAUCUGCCUACCCACUUUUGUGCCUGGGCCUGCUUGCCAAGUUUGUGAGGCCCAAGGCUUUCUUGUGGGAGGACGCGGGGCUGUCUUCAUGCUCUUUGGCAAUGAUUAAAGUGAGGAACAAGACUGCCAACGGAGACUGCCGAAAAGACCCCCGGGAGCGCAGCCGCAGCCCCAUCGAGCGUGCCGUGGCCCCCACCAUGAGCCUUCACGGCAACCACCUGUACACGUCCCUCCCCAGCCUCAGCAUGGAGCAGCCCCUGGCGCUGACCAAGAACAGCAUGGACGCCAGCAGGCCGGCUGGCAUCGCGCCCACGCUGACCCCUGCGGAGCGGCAGCAGAACCGGCCUUCGGUGAUCACGUGCGCCUCGGCCAGCACCCGCAACUGUAACCUCUCGCACUGCCCCAUCGCGCACAGCGGCUGCGUGGCGGCCGGGCCAGCCAGCUACCGGAGGGCCCCGAGCUCCACCACCACCUGUGACCCCGUGGUGGAGGAGCACUUCCGCAGGAGCCUGGGCAAGAACUACAAGGAGCCCGAGCCGGCGCCCAACUCGGUGUCCAUCACGGGCUCCGUGGACGACCACUUUGCCAAAGCCCUGGGUGAUACGUGGCUUCAGAUCAAGGCGGCCAAGGACGGCGCAUCCAGCAGCCCCGAGUCAGCCUCGCGCAGGGGCCAGCCCUCCAGCCCCUCGGCGCACAUGGUCAGCCACAGUCACUCUCCCUCCGUGGUCUCGUGAAGGGAGCACACAACCCUUGAACAAGAUGUCAAUCUGCAUGGUUUGCCUGAGCUUUGAACAGUCAGUGCUUAAAACACAGAAAAAAAAAAAAAUUUGUGGGGGGGUGGGGUAGGGGGAAGGGUAGGGAAGGGAUGGUUUAUUCGCAAAAACCAUGUCGUUGGGAUUUUUGUUCUGUUUUGUACUUGCUUGGUAUUCGUACCUGGGGGCCCUCCGACACGAGAGCAGGAGCUGCACGUGGAGCAUCCGAUGUAGCGUCCUACCUUCCUGCCUCAGUUACCAAAGAGACCUCUGAUGCAGGUCCGCUGCCCUGACGGGGGCCAGGACUCCACGGCGCACGCUUUCUCAGUCACAGGCCAUGACGUUGGUGACUCAAAUGCUUUGUGCUUUUUAUUUGCUUCUCGAGACCAGGGUGUGUGUGGCUUAGCUUCCAUUGCGUGUUUGGUCCGGCCCGCGCGUGCGUGCGCGCGCGUCUACUUGAAGAGAACAGAGAACUGUCGCGUCUGAUUUGCACUAUUGGAGGAGGGCUAAAGUUGCCUGCCUGACAACUUUAUGUGAGAUGCUAGUACUCUGAGGGCAAACUGCUGAAAAACAAAGGGUUUAAGGAUGACAUUUCUGACCAUUUGUGUUUUUUUUGUUGUUUUUUUUUUUGUUUUGUUUUGUUUUAAUUUAGACAAAACAGCUUUGGAAGGGGAAGUCUCAUACAGGUUAUAGGUCUUUCUCUCUAGAUUUCAGGUGCUCGCAACUGGACUGCAGACUCUACCAAUCACGGGCAUUUUUACCUUUCCUAAACACUGCAGUUUGUUAGACUAGAGCUGAGGUUGGACGAUUCUAUAGUGCUUUCAACGUGAUGCAUGUUUUAAUGGAGAAAAAUAGCUGGUUUCUAUUAAUUGUAUAGAUAGUAAACAAGAACCUUAAUACUUACUAGCUUCUUUUCAGAAUUAGUUUAUUUUUGUCAGUUACAGUCCUAGAUAUACUUACUGCUGGUACAGUUGUACUCUGAGAUUUGUGUUUGGUCGUCACACUACUCCUGAGCAGCGCGGGGCCGCCCGGCCCUGGAGACGGGCAGUCGAGUCGUUGGUCAGCCGCGGUGCAGGAUGCUGGAGUUUUUGCUGCCGGCUGACAUUUAUUUUUUGCAUCCCUGUCUGCUUAUUACUAGUGCCCAGGGGAGUUGGGAUUUGUGUCUUCCAACUUCCCUCCAUGCAGAAACUGUUCCCUUUCAACCCUUUUGGCUGAACAGCAGAUUACUGACAAUCUGUGAUAUGGUAUUUUGUGUGCUUCCUCGUACGCUGGGGCCAAGGCAGUAUACAUUCCUCUGACUUUAUACAGUUAUUACUGCAUUUAUUAUUGUUUGCUAUAGUAAUAGCUACUAACUAGAAAUUAGGCAAAGAAGAAAGCAUGACGGACACAGCUGUGGAUGUUCAACAGCUGCUCCUCUUUUUUGUGUUAAACGUACAUUUCUAUCCCCCCACCCCUCCACCGUGCGACAUUCCAGCCUCACCCACCAGAGGGCUUAAGAAGACACCUGCCCUGGUGACACAGGCGUAACCGCCUCCCCCCCCCCCCCCCCCCCCCCCCCCCCCCCCCGUGAGGCACCGUGGACUCGCGGGAGCCCUCCAGGCUGGUUUUCAGUGUAAGAAAAAUACAAGUUAGCUGGUUAAUUUUGAAAAUGGUCACUGGGAAAAAAAGGUCAGCGGAUUGGCUCUUGCUGUGGUCACAGGGUGGCCGCAGGUCUUUCAAAAGGCGAAAGAAAAGCCCUUCUCCUCUUGCCCCUGCACACAUUUCACUCCCACUUACUGGGCUUCCAGGCUUUCGCGUUCAGGCCCCUAUAUUUUCUGUAGGAAGAAAUCAGUGAGAACACUUUUUUUAUAUAGGUAACUUUAAGACCAUCAUUACGCUGUGCGUAAAGAAUGUACAGAGAAAUUUGUAGGUAUUUUUUGAAGAACAAUUAAUUUGUUAAUGAUAUGUAGCUAUUUAAUUUUCCCCUUUCCUAUUGUAAUCAUUUUUUUUUUUGGUUUGGAAAAAAAAGUUGAUCUUUUUUUUUUUUUUUUGUCGUAGAUUUGUCUGUAAAAGUGCAGGAACACAGUUAUUCUAUGAGAACACUGCAUCUGCCUUAAUAGCCACUAGUUUGUUAUUGCUACAGGCUACUGAGCGUUCACAGGAAAACAACCCCACUGCCGGUGGGCUCUGUGAAGAGCAGGCUCCUGGGACAGCCAUCUAGUCUGUCCCCAAGCGAGGCCGUUGCUUUGGGAGGAACGGCCCCGGGGCGCUGGCCUAUCUGGGAUAGGCGGUACCCUGGAGGGGCACCGGCAAGUGGGGAAGCAGAAAACCAAACAUUUCACUGGGAAAGGACACACUCCCUGGCCUCGGGAGGAGCACAGUGAGUUCUUCACAGAGCCACGCCGUUGCAGUGAGUUCUGACCGUUCUCUCCAUGUUUGUAAAUCUGUAAUAUACCAUUCUCUGUGGCCUGUUUUCCUGGAAGAAAAAAAAAGGUUUGGCAGGCCAUCUUUUUUUUUUGUACUUAAAAGUAGCCUUAAGAACAAUAAUAAAGUGCUCUUAAACCACA